GCUUCCUCCAGCUCUUCCGUUGGCGAACAAAAACGCGGAAACAAAAGAGACGCAGUUCGCCUGUAAAACAAACAACACCAUCGAGUCGGCACAUAAAAGUGAGCUUAUUUACUGUUGACAGCUGUCGGUUGGACGCCACCGUCUCUCGUAGCCGAGCCCAAGGACUUGUCAUGGCUUUGAAAAGAAUACAGAAGGAGUUGAAUGACUUGCAGAGGGACCCUCCUGCUUCAUGUUCAGCAGGACCAGUAGGAGAGGACAUGUUCCAUUGGCAAGCCACCAUCACAGGACCGAAUGACAGCCCCUAUCAUGGAGGCGUGUUUUUCCUCUCUGUCCAUUUCCCCACAGACUAUCCUUUUAAACCACCUAAGGUGGCUUUUACGACAAAAAUCUAUCAUCCAAACAUCAACGGCAACGGUAGCAUCUGCCUUGACAUCUUAAGAUCACAGUGGUCGCCUGCUCUCACCGUUUCAAAAGUGUUAUUAUCCAUAUGCUCUUUGCUAUGUGACCCCAAUCCCGAUGACCCCUUAGUCCCCGACAUAGCACACACAUACAAAUCAGACAGACAGAAGUACAACAAACUUGCCAGAGAAUGGACUCAGAAGUAUGCAAUGUGAAGUUUCACCACCAACAUGACACCUCAAGUCAAAUGCAGAAAGAAACAGUUACAGUUACUGUUGCCACACUGGUUCUACUGGGAGCACUUUCACUACUCAAACUUGACUUGACCCAAAUUUGUAUUGACUGUCCAUUUUAUUCUUCGCUAAAUUGGCAUUAGUACUAUUACCAUUAUUAUUAUUAUUAUUAUUAUUAUUAUUUUUAUUAUUAUUCGCGGUGGGGAUGAUGAUGAUACCUUAUACGUUUUGAGAGAUUUAUAUUGAAUGAAUCUAUGCUCAUUUUACUUUACAUUAAAAAAUCACAAACA